AUGGUGUGUGUGCUUUUGUUUGUCUUAAUCACACUUUCAUUUGGGCAGCCUGGAACUCCAGAUAAACCAAAACAUGCAAAAGAAAAAGACGAACAACAUUUUCCCGAAAUGAAAUCACUGGAACAAACUCUUCCAACAGUUCAACAACCUCAAACACAACAACCAGGCAUUCAUCGUUUAAAUCCCGAAACUGCGCCUUUUGUUCCAAGACAACAAAACUUGCCGUCUCAACAUGAAAUUGUCCAACAACAUCCACAACAACGAUACACAUAUUACUAUCAUCCAAAACAACCAACACAACAACAGUACUACUAUUACCCUCGACCGUUUCAACAACCCUUAUAUCCAACACAACACUUCCCUCAUUUCGUUCAUCCUCAACAAUUAGCACAACAACAAUAUGAACAAUUGGGAGCUCGACCUAGAGUCGUUCAAUAUACACCACAACAACAAGCUGUCGAACAUCCACAAGUACCACAAGUGCACCCUCCACAACACGUUGUCGAACAUCCAAAAAUACAACAAAUACGUUCUGGACAAAGAGAAACGACUCCAAUUCCGUUCAGACCAAAUAUAGUCAUUUUUGAAAAGUUUGAAAUGUGUGAAAAUUAUCAAAAACAAUAUUCUAUUGUCAAUAAUUUUGCAAUUGUAAGAUUUUGGCCGGGUGAAGUUUGCCGAACAAAGGUGUGUGCAAUUCCAAAGAAAACACCUCGUGUUCGAGAAGAGUUUUUGCUUCACGGAUUUUGGCCUCAAAUACAAGCAAAUAAAGAACUCACAUGUUGUGAAUUUAAAUUUCCAAUCGAAAGGACUGAACAUUUGAUUUUUAAAGAUCCAAAAACAACAAAUUUGAUAUUGAGGAAUUGGGUUUCUGUUGAAAAAUGUGGACUUUCAAUAAGUCAAUUUGAUCAACAUGGAACUUGUGCGAUGUCAAAUUACAACAAUAAAAAGGGUAUAUUUGAAUAUACAAGAACUGCCAUUUUGCUUUAUAAAAAAUAUGAUGUUUGGAAAAUAUUAAAAGAGAGUGAAUUAAAAGUUGAACCUAACAAAUUGUAUAACAUUGAAGACAUCAAAAGAGUUGUUGAAAAUGCAUGUGGUGCCGAACCCAUUUUUACAUGUAUAAACUCGUAUUCAGUGCAUGAAAUGAAAUUGUGUUAUGAUAUGAGGACUAACAGAAUUAAUCCACACCCAGUGAAAUGUCUGGAUAAGAACUAUCGCGAAGAAAAAAAUAGUUGUGGCAACCAAAUCAUGUUUGCUCCAUUCCCAGAGUACUUGUUAAAUCCAGAAACAGCUCCAAGAAAUAACUGCGAAUAUUAA